GCGGCUGCGGCUGCGGCUGCGGCGGCCGCGAAGGUGACCCGGGUGGUGGGAGGAGCUCUCUUGGCGGCGUCGGUCGCCUGCCGACCAUGCCCGGGCUGCGGAAAGCCAGCGGUCUCGUGGCGUCAGCGGCAGGCUCCUUCCGUCGGCUCUUUUUCUCCCAGAUACGAAGCUGCUCAGUUCUUUCAACCUCAUCAGCCAAGCCAGUGAUUGCAGCCAAGGAACCUUUUCCAGUGGACUUACAAGCAAGGAAGCCCUACGCCUGGUGUGCUUGUGGGCACAGCCAAAAGCAGCCUUUCUGUGAUGGAACCCAUAAGAAAAAUGCCCCAGAAAUCUCUCCCCUGAGAUUCACACUUGAGGAAGCAAAAAAGGCCUGGCUAUGCGGGUGCAAAUAUACCAAGAACCCUCCCUACUGUGAUGGCACCCAUAAGGAAGAUUUUGUGCAAAAGGCUGACCUUCAUGCCCAGCCACAGGUAUAAUGGGAGACCUUUGUGGAAAUGGAAGAAGUACAGAACUCAGCAGGAAAUCAGCCUUGGGGUUCAUCAAGAGAUCCUACUGUGGAAGCCUUAUUAAAGUGAAUGGGAGCCGGAGGACCCUUGCACAGCUUGUAUUCAUGUUGGUGAAUCUUGGACAAGAAAAUGAGUAUUGUACCCCUGUUGCCUUGGUGAAUCCUCAUGGGCAGAGGGGGGCAAAUUUUUCCAAGAGUUCUGUACUUUCACUUGCUUUGUCCCUACUCCUUUGAAAUUAACCAUUCUGCAAAUCCUCUGUUUGACAACUUGCUGCUAAUAAGGUCAGUGCUCAAAAAUUGGUUCAUUAGAAUUGUAAUGUUUAUUUUGCUACCUAAUGGGCAACUUGCAGCCCCAGAACCACAAGCAAUCUCCUCUUUGUAGUCCUCAGAGCUCCCACUGACCAUGACUACUGAGAACUGAUAGCAGUUACUUGCCCAUUGCCACUUUGAGAUGGCAAGCAGAAAAAAACCCCCUAGUAGUUAAUAUGUGGAAUAUCUACCAAGAAGCAGGUAAGUCCAAUAAACUGGGCAGCCAUUAUAGCUGUAACAUGUUUGAUGGAAGAUCUGUCCUAAGAUUGUCAAGUACUGUUAAAAUAUUGCCCAUGUUAUAUUGGUACAAUAUUUAAAUGAAAGGCAGAAUUAUAUGGAAUCUUAAUAAAUAUGGCUUUGGGUACUUUGUAAUAAACAAUCAAAUAUUUUGCCCAGAAA